AUAUUUCAACUUAAAUGCGGACUUAAUGUUAAAAUUCUCGCGUCGAGGCUUUUUCGAAAAUAAAAAAUAAGUUUUGUAAAGUACGUUUCUCGAACACUAAAGACAUUCCUCUAUUUAAUUACCCUGUAAACAGCAUUUCUUAAUUUCUACUGGUUGAUACAUGCAAUGAAAAUUCCUGGUAAAUAUGCAUUGUACGGAUUAGCGCCAAAAAAAAUCGUACAAAUAUUAAAUAACUUUCAUUAUAUGCUCUUUUACGUCCUCUUUUCAUAACCGCCUGCGAAGAUAAAAAAUUCCAAAUACUUAUGGAGAUAUCUAAUUUUUUAAUUAUCAUAUUUGUGCGAAAUUUGUUAAAAAAAAUUUAAAAUUCCGAAAGUACUUUUAUUCUGUGCUCUUUAACUUCCUCUUUUCACUAAACCCGGCGGAGAUAAGAAAUUCCAAAUACUUUAGGAGAUAUUGAAUUUUUUAAUUUUCAUCCUGUGCACUUGUGCGGCGUUCAUUUUGCUUGUUUACAAGUAUGAUUUUUUUUUUUUGCGACGUACGUGUAUGGGGAAACCUAAGAUGCACAUAAAGUUCUGCCAUCCCUGAUUACACCCGAACAAUUCACCUUCGGCCAACCUCGGGUUUAUUUAUUAAUAUUUAUAUUUCUCUGUUUAUUUUAAUGUAGCUAUACUUACCUAACUAAUCGUCCAUAGUGUUUUAAAGUGUUUUAAUGUAGUUGACCUAACCGACCACUUUAAAUAUUUGAAUUCAUUUUUCCUGCGCAAAAAUAAAACAAAUCCCGAAGUUGGCUGAAGGUGAAUUGUUUGGGUGUAAUCGGGAAUGGCAGAAGUUUAUGUGCAUCUUAGUUCUCCCACGUGAACGACUACAUCAUGUAAAAAGAAAAUUACAUAAUCAUCCCUUGCUUGAAAAAAACAAAGACCAAACUGGAGAUCAGAAAGUGGAUGCAGAGACGCUGCUGCAGCCCCCGGAGAUGCUGGCGAGGAACCGUCUGGAGGAGAUGCGGGAGCUGUUUGGCCCGGCGGCCCCCAAGCUCCUGGCCAUGGAGACGGCGGUGGAGCUCACCUUCAACAGCAACUGCGACCGGCACCACCCCUCGCUGUGGCCGGUGGUGCCCCUGGCAGCACAGGCCGAGUAGCACCGGCACCCUGCACCGUUCCAGGGCUCUUGUUCCAACACUCGAACGACGGGACAGUGGUUGAAAGUGAAUCAGAAAUAGUGCCGAUGUUACCACACGGUACUAUAUGUAGUGACUACUGGACAUUUUAGUGAACAAAAUGGCAUUUAAUUUGACAGUGGUGUGAGACAUCAUUUGUAUAUAUGUGUACGUGAACUGAAUUUUUUCAAUAAAAAUGUUUUAUUAUUUUUUUAUACUUAUAAAAAUUUAAAAUGUGCUAUGUUUUUGUAAACUGUUCUGCUGCAGUUCUCAGUAUUGAACUGCAAAAAGCUUGCACAACUGGUUAAAAAAUUAAGGGUUUCAGAGUUGUUCAUUUCAAUACGAAAUUUUAUAUACAGUAAUAAUGGAUUAUAUAGUGUUAUCAUGAAGGUAUAGCUGGGCAAUUGGAUAGAAUAAUUUUCACCCUGCUGGAACUUUUAAUCAAUCCUUCUUAUAACUCAUGUUGUGCAUAGUUACUUAUAUUUGGCACAUAGGGCAGCCUAGUUUAUCAAGUCUAGAUUUUUUUUAAUCACUAAUGGUUUCUAAAACUUCCAUUUGUCAACACUACCACGUAAAUAGUUUGUAAAAAUUAUAUAGGCUAAUAAUCAUUGGCCACUUUCAUAAUAAGAUUGAUUUUAUUUCUGGUUUUCCAUAUUCAAAAUAAAAUUUCAGAAAAAAACAUCCCUAAUUCAUAGGUGGGUGGAGGAGAGGUUUUCUUCCACUGUAACCCCUGGCUGUCUUUGCCUAAACCUUAAAAUUCACUGACACAAAUAAUUUAUGGAGGAUAAAAUUCACUUGAGUGAGAUAACUGAGAACUGCAGGGAAUAAAAAAUUCAACUGAAAUUUGCAUAUGAUGAGAUCAUUGCUUUAAUAGGUAGGUAUAUAAUUCAUACAUUGUUUAUCAUGUAUUAAUUUUUAAAGUUGUUUAUGGUUUUGUUGCUCUAGCUCAGUGGUUCCCAAACUUUUUGGUUCCACGACCCCCUUUUGGAUACUAAUUUUUGCUGCGACCCCCUUAAACAUUUUUGGUACAGUGAUAAAAUUAAAACAUAGAAAUAUUGUGCUACAUUUUUUUAUAAAUUAAAAAAAAAAAUAAGAUGUGUAUAACAAAUAUUUUUUUAGUCACUGAGCCAUCGGAGCUGAAAUAUGUGAAGAAGUAGUUCAAACUGUCCCCAAAAGAUGGCACACAAAGCCGUGAUGGAAAACGGAGAUAAACAAAGCACUGGAGAGUGCAGUGGCUCGAGCGAACUGUCGUUUGUUGCGUUAAUAGUGUUUUGUUCGGUCACAUAUUGUUUGCGUUUAUUCUGUCAUGGAUAAAUUUGUUAAACGUGCGGGGCCUUAAUUUUCUUACGAUAAGAACGAAACAAAAAAGGCUAAGAUGAGAAAGUACAAUGACUGUUAUAUUAAGUACGGAUUUACAGUGCUCGGGUAUCGGCCACAAUGUGUUGUGUGCAGCGAGUUGUUAUCCGCCGAGAGUAUGAAACCAUCCAAGAUGAUUCGUCACUUGGAAACUAAACAUUCAAGUUUGAAAGACAAGCCAGUGGACUUUUUUGAGCGAAAAUUAACUGUUCUAGUCGGUCAGAAAAACUCGGUGUCUCAGUUGAGUAGCAAUAAUGUGAGUAAAAAUGCUUUGCUAGCAUCGUAUCAAGUAGCUUUACGAAUAGCGAAGAAAGGCAAGCCACACACGAUUGCUGAAGAUCUCAUUCUACCGGCCGCUCAAGACAUGCUUUCAACAAUGGUUGGUCCGGAGGCAGCUAGCAAACUGUCCAAUGUUCCAUUGUCAAAUAAUUCAGUGGGGAGGCGUAUUACUGAAAUGGCUGAAGACUGCAAGAACCAGUUGAAAGAAAAAUUGCAGAAAAGUGAAUUUCUUUCUAUUCAAGUAGACGAGUCUACGGAUGUAUCUAAUUUGACAGAGUUUAUGUGUUUUGUUCGCUACGAAAAUGAUGACGGUGUGGAGGAGGACAUAUUAUUUUGCAAACCUUUGCCUGACCACGCAACAGGUGAGGAAAUGUACAAACUGUUUAUUUCUGCCACCGCUUCCCUUAACAUUGACUGGAAAAAGUGUGUUUCGAUCUGUAGUGAUGGUGCCAAAGCACUGACAGGUAAAAAAAGUGGUUUCGUGAAACUUCUAAUGGCUAUUAUGCCUAAGGCUGUCUGGGUACAUUGCUUUCUACAUCGUCAGGCAUUAGCUUCAAAGAACAUGCCCAUCGAACUGAAAGAAGUUUUGAACGAUGUCGUUAAAUCGGUAAAUUUUAUAAAAAGCAGGCCAUUACAGUGUCGAUUGUUCUCACAGUUGUGCGAAGAAAUGGGGGCGGAAUACAAAUGCCUCUUACUGCACACAGAAGUUAGGUGGUUGUCACGUGGGAAGGUGUUCUCUCGAGUGUUCGCUCUGCGCACUGAGCUUAAAGCAUUUUUUCAAGUUAUAAACAAAGACUUUGUUGGUUUGUUUGACAAGAAGGAGUGGCUAUUAAAGCUUGCGUACUUGGCGGACAUAUUUCAACAUCUUAACGAUCUGAAUAUUACCUUGCAAGGUAGAGACAAAACUAUCAUUUUUGCCCAAGACAGAGUGAAUGCGUUUGUAAAAAAAUUGGCAGUGUGGGCAUCCAGGGUUGAGAAAAAAAAUUUAGAAAACUUCGAAUUGGCACACGAAUUUCUUACGUCCCUUGAUGAACGCGAUGAAGAUUUUCCUGACGUCAGCGAGCUGUCCAAACUGAUUGUUACACAUUUGACGGGUCUACGAGAGCAGAUCAUCGACUACAUUCCCGAAGAUGAACAUACCGAUUUGAGGUGGGUGCUGAACCCUUUUAACGAGCAUUCUGUUAACCAAGCGGACCUAAGCCCACAUAUCCACGACAAACUUAUUGAGUUGUCUUGUGACAAGACUUUGCAGCUGUCUUUCAGCACCAAAGACGUGGACAAGUUCUGGCUGGAUAGAAGAACCGAAUAUCCGAGUUUGACUACGGCAGCCCUCAGAAUUAUUAUGCCCUUUGCAACGUCUUACCUCUGCGAGCUGGGGUUUUCAACACUGAUUAAUAGGCGUCUGCGAGCAGAAGAUUUUCACUUCAAGUCGAGCUCGAGCGAGUUUGCUAAAAUACUCGCGAGUAUCGAGUCGAGUUCGAGUUUUUUUUUUUAAGUUUAUUGCACAUAAAUUUACUGUGAUGAAGUAAUAAAAUGUGAGAACUUUUGAGAAAAAUAUGGAAAUAAAAAAAGAAACCAUUAUCAUUGUUAGCCUACUAAAUAGAUAGACCUACAUUAAAGGUCUGCGAGCCUAAGAAUUUUACUUUGAGCCAAGCUCGAGCGAGCCUACUUGAAAGUUCUCGAAGCUUGAGCUUUUGUGAUACAGUUACACUUUUGGGAAAUUAUUUUUACCUUAAACUUAGUAGGUAUAAUGUUUGAAUAAAGUAUUAAAAUGAAGUGGGCUUAUUAAUUUUGGGUAACUAUUUACAGAGUGCUUUUAUAAUUUGCACUGCUAGGAAAAAAAACAUGUUUUCCAUUGAAUCUAACCUGUUUCCAUUGGUUCAUUAGUAACUGAUAUCAUCCAACUAACAUAACCACAGUUUACAAGUACGUAUAUGUUUGUGUAAAUGUAACAUAUCUUUGGAAUAAUUUCAUCCUUGUCAAUUUUUCUGGAGUCCUUACUGAGCUUCAACUAACUGAGCACCAAAAAUCAUGUUGUUUGAAAAGUACAUUCACAUUGUUUCAACAUUUCCACUUUUCGGCACAAAAAUUCUGAGAGAGAUUGUCAUAGAGUAUUAAAUUCUGUUCUUCAAUCUAUCAUGCAGAAAAAUAAUUUGUUCUGCACGUUCAGGAGUUAAAUUAGCUCUACGAUUAGAGAUGGUGUUUACAGCAGAAGAGAAGCGUCUCUCGCUGGCAACCUGUGUGGCUGGAAUGCUUUAGUAAAAUUCUUGGUAAAUAUGUAGAGUCGCGGUAUAAGCGGGAAAAAAAUGCUAAAAUUCCGAAAAUACUUUUAUUCUAUGCUCUUUCACUUCCUCUUUUCAAAUCAACCGGCGGAGAUAAGAAAUUCCAAAUACUUUAGGAAUAUUGAAUUUUUUAAUUUUCAUCACAAUACCUGGGUAUUCAUGCGGCGAUCAACAUUGUUUCUGGUUUACGAGUAUCUAUUAUGUUUCUUAUUGGACAAUUUUGUCACGUGACAGUUCCGUGAUUGGCCAGUAUUCAAAUGAACCAAUACGUGAUUAUUUAUUUAUUUAUUAAUGUUCCGUCGGAGGUAUCGCAACGUAGGUGAACGACUACAUCAUUUCCUUCUAAUGGCAAAGGAAAUGUACCCGCCUCCAACUUAGGUGGGUUUUUAACGUUUCUAAUUUUAAAGUCUUAUUUAUUUGGAUAUUGUUGCGCAAGUAAUAAGUAACAAAAAUAUUUUACGUGAGUUGUUAAUGUUCAUUAUUUGUCCGGGUUUGUUAGGUCAGGUCAGUUACAUUAUAAAUACUUUAAAACUAA